UUGAUAGCAAGACGUCAUUGACGCAUCAUAGACAAAUCGUUAAACAAUCUGAUUUGUGAUACUCUCUCUCCCGUUAAAAAAUGUGGAAUAAAUUGAAUAAAUUUCUAAUAAAUGUUCCGACAAUUGUUGUCAUUAAUGUGGUAUAUUAAAUUUGUGAAAUAUUAGUUCGUGUGUUGUCCGUCUUCCGACUGUUAUUUUCGAGAUAUAAGGCGCUUAGUUAUCAGAAUGCCUUCGUCCCACCUGAACCUACGCGAGGAUGACGUAGUCCGGCUGGCCCUAGAGUUUCUACACAACCGCGAUCUGCACAUUACGCAACUAUCACUGGAGCGUGAAACCGGGGUCAUUAAUGGCAAUUUUGCUGAUGACGUGCUAUUUCUACGACAACUCAUCCUCGACGGACAGUGGGAUGACGUACUAGAGUUUAUUCAACCACUUAGCGCACUGAAAGCUUUCGAAGCUGACAAAUUUAAUUACGCUAUACUAAGGCAUAAGUAUAUAGAAUUGUUAUGUAUAAGAUCUGAAAUUAAAGCUUAUAAUAAUGUUGAAAAUAUUGUAGACGAAGUUGUGAAAGUCCUUAGCGAUCUAGAGAAGCUAGCGCCCUCGAAAGAAGAAUACUCAAAUCUAUGUUUAUUGUUGACUCUGCCAAGUAUAACUGAUCAUGCGCAGUUUAAGAAGUGGAACCCAAGCAAUGCACGCGUUCAAUGCUUUAGAGAGGUGUAUCCUCUCGUAGAACAAUUCUUGCCUUGCGACAAAAAAUCUAGCGGCUCUGUGUCUAAAUGUGCAAAAAAUGAUCGAUUAAUGCAAUUACUUAUUAAAGGAAUAUUAUAUGAAUCAUGUGUAAACUACUGCCAGGCUAAAGCUACGGGGUCUAAGGAAGCGCAAUCGAAUGAAGUAAAUUUUUCGAGACUACUCGAUGGUUCUGGUUUUGACGAAUCAGAUCUAAGUUUAUUGUCAUGGCUGCAAUCUAUUCCAGCUGAAACUUUUAGUGUUCCAUUCGAGCAAAGGAUGUUGAAUGUAGAUGUGGAAAAGUUAGAGCGCCCAUCUUUGCACACGUCAUGGACAGAGCACAUGCUGGUCACGCCAAUAAAGCCACGCACGUUUCCCCAUUUGGCAAUGCCGUUCAGGAGACCGCGUUCCGCUGCCGAUGCCAUGACACGAUCGCUUCGUCCACUGCCCGACGGCGCGCCAAGACAUCCUGCUGUAAUGGCUCUCUCCGCUAUUGAUUAUGGCCCUUCAUCUUCAUGUUUCGCUGGAUUUCAUCUUACUGGAAUUAAAGGUAGCAGACUUAUGAAUACGUCAGUGGAUAGAUUAUUUGACAGUAAAAAUGCUGAGAGUAUUUUUAACGGAUUGAACGAGUCACUGAAAACGAUAGAUGAAGCUACGUUGAAACCCAUCGGUGAGUUUACGGCUUCUACGAAAACGAAUGAUACGAGUAGCAUCGGCGCGUCGAACGCCACUACUCCCGAGCACAGGGGACAAGAUUACUCAGCCUCUACGUCGAUAUCAAACACGGCAGCGUCGACUGAACGCUCAUCACUCGCCGAGCGCACGCCGCAGCAGGCUGAAGCGGCAAUGUUGCCGGGCGCCGAUGGUGAUUUUAGAAGGGAACUACUUAAAGAAUAUCAAAUUCAAAAACAACGCGAGUGCGAUGAUUAUCUGCGCAAUCUCUGCUCUUCAGACUUGAGGCAACAGAAAAUGAUGGAGCCAAUAGAAGAUGUUGCAUCAGCUUUUCCGUCAGCUGUCAAGAAUCCACAACAGAUAACUCCUGAUAAAGGUCGCGAACAAUCACCGUUUAUCAGGAAAAACGAAAUUAUCGAGUCGCCGGAGAUGGGAGAUCCAAAAAGCGCUCAGAUCAGAAAUGGCAGUCAUCCGGGAGUACCCCUGUCGACUCCAAGCAGCGGGGUCGUCGGACCUGAAGUCAAUGGAUCACGACCUACCUUCAAACCUGUUACUAUACUGGAAGAUCUCCAGGCCGUCCGGUGUGCAGAGUUCCAUCCUAAUGGCAAACUUUACGCCGUCGGCUCCAAUACAAAGACACUCAGGAUAUGCACAUACCCGAAGAUAGAGGAUGUCAAAGACAACAGCGCUCCCACAGCACCAACAGUAUUGCUGAAGCGUACCAAACACCAUAAAGGCAGCAUCUACUGUCUCGCAUGGAGUCCGGCUGGUGAUCUCCUGGCCACAGGAUCCAACGACAAGACCGUCAAACUCAUGAGGUUCAAUAGCCAUGCGUGCAAUUUGGAGGGACAAGAGGUUGAGCUGACGAUGCACGACGGGACCGUCCGUGACGUGUGCUUCAUCGAAGACACGUCGAACAAGACGAGUCUACUGGUCAGCGGGGGUGCUGGAGAUUGCAAGAUUUACGUCACUGACUGUGCUACAGGCAAAACCUUCCAGGCGUUAAGUGGUCACUCGGGACACAUUCUGUCGCUGUACAACUGGGGCGGCGCGAUGUUCGUAUCGGGUAGCCAAGACAAGACUGUCCGCUUCUGGGACCUGCGCACGGGCGGCUGCGUCAACAUUAUCUCGCCCCCGGCGGGACAGCCCAACAAGGGCUCAGCAGUAGCAUCUCUCGCAGUGGACCCUAGCGGUAGACUCUUGGUUUGCGGUCACGACGAUGGUUCGUGUGCCCUCCAUGACGUCCGCGGCUCUCGAGCUCUGCAGCGCUUCACGCCACACUCAGGCGAUCUGCGCAGCGUGCGAUUCUCUCCCGGGGCCUACUACUUACUGACGGCUGGUUAUGAUGGACGCGUCGUACUCACAGAUCUACAGGGUGACCUGACAUGCGCCUUGCCGAGCGUCCCGGUGGCGCGUCACCCGGACAAGGUGAUCUCCGCCCGCUGGCACCCCGACGACUUCUCCUUCUUAUCCACGUCAGCUGACAAGACGGCCGUCCUGUGGACCAUCCCCCCCGUCUAGCCAACGACGCGAUAACUACCACCGGACCAGACGCGGAGCAAACGCUCCAAAUCGUGUUAUCCAUUGGCGAUAUACUAUUCGACAUAUCCACGAUUACAGCAAAUUCGACACACAACAGCUUUGCCUUACAUAGAUUUUAAUAAAUAAAACAAUGAUAGUUAGCUAGUUAUAGGAUAUAAGCCAACCAUCAUAGAAACUGGUUCAAUCCUCAAAAAAAAAAAACAAACAGUACGUGAACUUAAUCGUGGAAGUUAAGAAGGUACAAUUAAGCGAAAACUACGAACUUCGAUCGACUAGAUGGUAAACGAUAAAUGCAGGUACCAACUUACGACAGUUACGAAAUAUCGCCUUUGCAUUGCACCGUGACUGAUCGCCUGCAUAUUGCAAGCUAAAUUAGCUUUAAUCGCAACUGUAUAGCGACCAUUUUGCUUUUACCUCUGGUUAUAUUGACACACUUUAAUAUGAAGGGUGAUAUAUGUCGUGGUCGAUAUAGCUUUGAAUAAUAUAGUUUAUUACCUAUUAUGAGGUUAAAUUAACUGUAUUUUUGUAAAUUAAUUUCGUGCUAGGCCUAACUUGAACGCGGAGGGAUAGGUCUAAUAAAAAAAAAUUGAUCUGUUGAAUAUGUGAACUAUUCAAUAAACUUACCUAAUUAUUUAGGUCCGCCUUUGAGUGGUUCUUACAUGGUGUCGAUUUUUAUGUAAACCACCACUAGCUAUUUUUUUUAUGCCUUGCUUUAACUGUUAUGUAUUCUGGUGUGUAAAUCGGCGUAUUUAUAUAAAUUAUGCUUACUUGCAUUAUAGGAAACAAAAUUAAGCCAAAAGCACACAGGCAGCGAUUUGAUUCAAAAGUGCACCUUUAUUAUCGCUCAGAAUGGAUUCUGAUACUUAUUUUAUGAAGUACUACAGCUUACUAUUGUGAUUAAUCGUGCUGUGCUGUAAGAAUGCUUACUAUCUUAUUAUUUAACUAUUGACACAAAUAAGAGCUUUAAAAUUAUAACUUGUCCACGACAUUAACAUUUGCGGUUUGUACUAAAAUUAAUUUCGCAAUGACAAGAACGACUCGCGUUCUAUAAGCAUUACUCUCUAGUAGUUAGUAUAAUGCUAUCAGUAAUAUUUGUAUUAUGUAGUAAUUUACGUCCAGGUCCUUACGAGAAUUGUAUAUAUGCAAUAUAUUAUUGACCACCUUUCCUUAGUGGGAAACAUAAAACUCUUUGUGGACACUCUGUUCGUAAAACGUAUGUAGACGCGAAGUAUAUGAAGUGAUUUGUUUGUCACAACUACAUAGGCUUAGAAUGUAGCGGCAUAUAGGCUCACUUUUUUACAAUAUACCUACUUAUGUAUGAUUCUAUUGGUACGUCAAAUAACUGUGCCCCUCAAAGUUGGCUACUGUUGCCUGCGGUUCACGAUAUCAAAUGACCGCACUUCAGACGGGCAUUUGACAUUACAUUGACUAAGAUAAAAUUAUCGAAUUCGACUCACGCGACGCAUCACAAAUUGUGGUAAGAUUAAUAUAAGUAUAGAACGAAGUAUUGAUACCAACCGUCUGUAUUAUUGUGUAGUAGUAGGACAAAGCCGUACCAUGUAGCACUGAGCAAGGCUACAGUUAAAUUAAAUGAAUUAAAAUUGGAUUGGACAUUAUAAAAAUGGACAUUGACGUAAAUAUUAUUAUUUAAAUGUUUUCUCAGUAAAAUUCUGACACCAGUGGUGGAAAUAAAUAAUUAUUAAUAUUUUAAAGAAUCUUAAAGAUUAUAAAUUUACUUAAUAUAAUGUUAUAAAAAAAAUAUAAUGCAAUUUAAUUGUGUAAGACAUUGCACAAAUUUAAUAUCAAUGGAAUGGAAAGCUUUUAACAUUAUUAAAACCUUGUCAAACAAGUACUUACAUUAAGUAGUGUUUGAUAUUUAUUAUUUUUUUUUAUAAUCGGAUGUGUAAUUAAUAUUUUAUCUGCGCGCGAUGACUAUAGGAAAUGAUUGUUAUUAUUGAUCACGGUUGUGAUAAAAUUAUUUACCUUGUAUCAAAUGCUUUGACAAAAAACAUGCUUCGCACACCUUUUUCACUGGCUUUUGCCAGAUUAAUCUUUGUUAAGAGAGUAAAAAAUUGUUUAAACAUAUUUUCGCGCGUAACCUGUAUUUGUAUUCGGUGUUCGCACUUGUAAGAUUUUAUUAAGAGUAUAAUAUUAUGAAUAUAUAUUUUAUUUAUCAUGUAAAUUAUAAUAACAAUGUAUUGUGAGUCCAUAACAGACAUGUCUCAAAACUAAACCAUCGAAAUGUUAAAACUGUAAUGAUCUUUGUUAAACCGAAUUUCUUUAACACGUGUAUCCAUUUAUUAUUUAAGAAUAUAAUCACAUUAUUUACAA